AUGAGAAUUAAGAAGAAGAACGUUAGUGGUAAUGCCAGAAACUUUGUGACCCGUUCACAAGCAGUCCGCAAGCUGCAGAUCUCGCUUGCGGACUUCAGAAGACUCUGCAUUUUCAAAGGUAUCUACCCUCGUGAACCUCGCAACAAGAAAAAGGCUAACAAAGGCUCUACUGCUCCUACAACAUUCUACUAUUUCAAGGACAUUCAAUAUUUGAUGCAUGAGCCCGUCUUGGAGCGAUUCCGUGAACAUAAGACUUUUGCCAAAAAACUGACGAAAGCAUUGGGCAGAGGUGAAGUCUCUGCUGCCAAAAGACUCGAGACUAAUCACACGACCUACAAGCUCGACAACAUUAUCAAGGAAAGAUAUCCCAGCUUCUCAGAUGCACUUGGGGAUAUUGACGAUGCCCUGAACAUGUUGUUUUUGUUUGCUAAUUUACCAGCCUCCGACCAAGUAUCUGCACGGGUCACUCAAGAUGCGCAAACUAUCUGUAACCAAUGGUUGGCUUACGUUUCUCGUGAAAGAGCCGUUCGUAAAGUGUUUGUUUCUAUCAAGGGUGUCUAUUACCAAGCUUCUGUCAAGGGAGAAGAUGUCAGAUGGCUUGUUCCCUACAAGUUUCCUGAAAAUGUUCCCAGCGAUGUUGACUUCAGAAUCAUGCUGACGUUUCUUGAAUUCUACUCUACGCUGAUGCACUUUGUGCUUUUCAAGCUCUACACUGACUCAGGUCUUUCGUACCCACCAAAAUUGGAUCUAACCAAGAACAAGAUCAUCGGCGGUUUGAGUGCCUACCUCCUGGAGAGCAACGAAGAGUCCUCAACUCUUGCCGCUCCACAACUUUCUGAAAACUCGUCAGAAGUAAAGGCUUUAGAUUCCUCAGCUUUGUCCUCCGCUCUAAAAGCAGACAACGUUCAAGACGGCAGCGGGCAAGGUCACGAUGAAGAAGACGACGAGGAAGCGGCAGAUGAAAACAAUGCGCUGGAUACUUUCGAGGAUAACAAUAAGAACAAGGGUGACAUAUUGGUGCAGCCUGGUGAGUACGAUUCACCUGCUGCCACCUUAUUCUCUGACUUUGUCUUCUACAUCUCUAGAGAGGUUCCGGUGGAUAUACUUGAGUUUUUAAUCUUGUCCUGUGGCGGUUCGGUUAUUUGUGAAGCUGCUUUGGACCAACUAGACUCAGUCAAGGAUAUCGAUUUGUCAAAAGUUACCCAUCAAAUUGUAGACAGACCAGUUUUGAAGAACAAAGUCGUCUCAAGAACGUAUUUGCAACCCCAAUGGGUUUUUGAUUCCAUCAACAAGGGCGAACUAUUAUCUGUGAAUAAAUAUCUUCCUGGUGAAGCUCUACCGCCACAUUUGUCUCCAUGGGGUGAUGCCGGUGGUUACGAUCCAGAGGCAGAACCUGUUGAGGGCGAAAGCGAAGGAGAAGAUGACGUGGAAGAAGAAGUGGAAGAGGAAAACAGCAGUGUGGAGGAUGGUUUAGAUGCUGAAGCAGAUGCAGAUGAGGAAAGUGAUGAGGACCUAGAAGUGCAGAAAGAAUUAGAAUUGGAAGCAAAGGGUAUUCCUUAUUCCGAUGCCAAGGAUCAGGAGAAAGACGAAAAGAAACCAAAGAAAUCGGCUAAACGUAAGGUAACCGAAGAGGAAGAAGAAAAAGAUUUGAAAACCAUCAUGAUGAGUAACAAACAGCGGAAGCUCUACAAAAAGAUGAAGUACUCGAAUGAGAAGAAGGAUGAUCGUGUUGAAAAGCUGAAGCAGAAGAAGAAAGCAAUCGCUAAGGCCAAAUCGAAAAUAAACGACUUGGAAAAAUAA